AUGGAUCUGGUCAGAGUGGCAUCCCCUGAGCCCGGGCCAGCAGCGGCCUGGGGACCCAGCAAGUGUCCAUGGGCUACCCCUCAAAAUACAAUAUCUUGUUCUUUGUCUGAUGUAAUGAGUGAGCAGUUGGCUAAAGAAUUGCAGUUAGAAGAAGAAGCUGCCGCUUUUCCUGAAGUUGCUGUUGCUGAAGGACCAUUUAUUACUGGAGAAAACAUUGACACUUCCAGCGACCUAAUGCUGGCUCAGAUGCUACAGAUGGAGUUUGACAGAGAAUAUGAUGCCCAGCUUAGGCGUGAAGAAAAAAAAUUCAAUGGAGAUAGCAAAGUUUCCAUUUCCUUUGAAAAUUAUCGAAAAGUGCAUCCUUAUGAAGACAGUGAUAGCUCUGAAGAUGAGGUUGACUGGCAGGACACUCGUGAUGACCCCUACAGACCAGCAAAACCAGUUCCUACUCCCAAAAAGGGUUUUAUUGGAAAAGGAAAAGACAUCACCACCAAACACGAUGAAGUAGUAUGUGGGAGAAAGAACACAGCCAGAAUGGAAAAUUUUGCACCUGGGUUUCAGGUAGGAGAUGGAAUUGGAAUGGACUUAAAACUAUCAAACCAUGUUUUCAAUGCUUUAAAACAACAUGCCUAUUCAGAAGAACGUCGAAGUGCCCGUCUCCAUGAGAAAAAGGAGCAUUCUACUGCAGAAAAAGCAGUUGAUCCUAAGACACGUUUACUUAUGUAUAAAAUGGUCAACUCUGGAAUGUUGGAGACAAUCACUGGCUGUAUUAGUACAGGAAAGGAAUCUGUUGUCUUUCAUGCAUAUGGAGGGAGCAUGGAGGAUGGAAAGGAAGAUAGUAAAGUUAUACCUACAGAAUGUGCCAUCAAGGUAUUUAAAACAACCCUUAAUGAGUUUAAGAAUCGUGACAAAUAUAUUAAAGAUGAUUUCAGGUUUAAAGAUCGCUUCAGUAAACUAAAUCCGCGUAAGAUCAUCCGCAUGUGGGCAGAAAAAGAAAUGCACAAUCUUACAAGGAUGCAGAGAGCUGGAAUUCCUUGUCCAACAGUUGUACUACUCAAGAAACACAUUUUAGUUAUGUCUUUUAUUGGCCAUGAUCAAGUUCCAGCCCCUAAACUGAAAGAAGUAAAGCUCAGCAGUGAAGAAAUGAAAGACGCCUACUAUCAAACUCUUCAUUUGAUGCAGCAGUUAUAUAACGAAUGUACACUCGUACACGCCGACCUCAGUGAGUACAACAUGCUCUGGCAUGCUGGAAAGGUCUGGUUGAUCGAUGUCAGUCAGUCUGUAGAACCAACCCACCCUCAUGGCCUGGAGUUCUUGUUUCGUGACUGUAGGAAUAUCUCACAGUUUUUUCAGAAAGGAGGAGUAAAGGAAGCCCUUGGUGAGCGAGAACUCUUCAAUGCUGUUUCAGGCUUAAACAUCUCGGCAGAUAAUGAAGCUGAUUUCUUAGCUGAGAUAGAAGCUUUGGAGAAAAUGAAUGAAGAUCAUGUUCAGAAGAAUGGAAGGAAAGCUGCUUCAUUUUUGAAAGAUGAUGGAGGUCCACCAGUCUUAUAUGAUGAAUAG